UGCCAGCAUUGCAUCUAGUUCAAGCAUAUGCCCAUUAGCAGCAUAUUAGAAGUGGUAUAUGCCCUGAUGAUAAGAUAAGCUUAUCUACCCCAAGUUUGUUCUAUAAAUAAACCUUAUAUGGGGCCCUGAUGUUUCUUCUAGCUCUUCCUUACCAUAACCUAAAGCAUAGCGAGGGAUCCCCUUUAAGGCUUGUUAAUAAAAGUCAGACCGUAGGACUGUUAUGCAAAUUCAUCAAGUCAAGAGGGAUCAAAAUCAGAAUGUCCUCAAUCCUGGCUGGUGCCUCGGGUCGUGUUUAUGUACGAGACAAGGUACUCAGAGCGCAUCCCAAAAGACCAGAGCUAAAUAUCUAUCGCGCGCACCUGUUUCCAAGUCAAUCUUCGUUCGAGCAAUCCUUAACCCUCAAACGGGGGUGUCCAGAUACGAACCAACUUCGAACACAUGUCGACGCCAACGAAGAUGAACUGGUACUUGUUUAUGAAUACUUCGAGCAUGACCUGCUUUCCCUAGUUCGGAAGAACUCGAAUCUUCCACUCCGCGCAAGAAAGAUAGAUUAUAUUUUCCAAGACGUCGGAGACGGGCAGUGGAGAGGUUCCACGCUAAACCAUUGAGGAUCCAUUUACAUAGGUUUCGGGAUCAUACAUAAUCCAUAGAUGAUCUCCCCUCUACAUAACUAGUUCUUAAACUGCACUGACAACCUUCUUGCCCAGAUAUUAAGCCUGACAAUGUUAUGGUCGAUUGGUUUUUCGAAAAACAACAACGGCCAGCGUGAAAUCAAGCGAGCCGCCGCGUUAUCUGUUCUGGACUGUGCUCUAUGUACACCCGGACUUCAAAGAGCUAAAGGGAAGCGGGAGUCGAACCUGAGCUGGGAGAUUCUGGCCCGGUUAAUCACAUUCUUUGGCCCUGUUCCUCCUGGGCUGGUAGCACAUUG